AUGCUUUUCGCUUUCUUUGCGCUCUGCGCUCUUACGCUCUUUGCUCCAAGUGUUUCGGCCGCUGUGCGCUUCAGGCAUGAGGCCCAUGGCCUGCAGCGCCAACGCCAGAAGCAGCUCGCUGACGACGGCAAGGAAGAACGAUCCCUCGACAAGCGCCAGCUCGUUGUCCCUUCCAUUGAUUCGAGUAUUCUGGAGAGCAUCAUGACCCUGGCUGCUGAAGAGGCCACCGCCAGUGCUGCUUUGCCCACGCCCACGCCCGAUUCCACCGUGUAUUCUUACUACUACCCUUCGCCCUCUGCCAUUCCAACCCCCAUCACCCGGCAGAGCCAGGUUGAGACCACCUACAUUCCCCGCAUCACCACAUGCAAAGGCCCUCCCGUCGCCUUGGACGUACUCGAGCAGUCCACCUUCCCCUACCGCAACUCCACCUCUACCAUCUUCGGCCGAGGCCCCAUUACCUGCGACACCCUCUACUACACUGACACCACCACCAUAUGCGCCACAACACUCACCGGUGUCGCCAGCAAGGUCACCAUUUCUCGAUGCACCCAGGAUGUGACCUUCUCCAGCGAGUUUGACGCCACCAUGGUGACGUCACGCUCCAUCGUGACCGGCAGCGACGGCCACCUUUCGACCAUCACCGACGCGCCCUCCUUCCAGCUCCGCACUACUUACUACAUGGCUCCCUGGCAAUCUCUGACGGCUAACACUGGCGUGCUGCCUGCCGACGUUGACGUCAAAGUUUGCCAUCCGCGCCCCGGCAACGGCACCAUGGAAGACUGCAUACGCAUGGAGGAAUCUUGGGCCGUUCUUCCCGUCACACUGACGUCCACCUUCACCAGCUCCGUUGAUGUCCUGGCUACCCUGACCGAGGGGCCUGGUGAAUAUCUUGUCGGCACUGUGCACGGCCAAUUUGUUGGUAACACGACCACCGUGAGCCUGUCGACCGAAAUGAUCCUGAACCACGUCUAUGAGGCUGAAACGAUAAGUCGAGCACCAAGGAUUGGACCGUUUGCAACCGACUCCGGAUUGCCGGGAACACCAGUCAGCGCCCCGGCCAUAGCUACUGCAACCCCAAGUGAUACUGGAUCGCUGCCGACAAUACAUUUAACAAGCACGAGGACAAGGACAAGAACGGUAGAGGUGGCCUCUUCAACUGCCUCUUCAACUGCUUCUGAGGACGAGGAAACAACCACGCUCACGGAUCAGAGCACAUCAACACUCUACACCGGCACCUCUACAGUCUAUGUAGACGAUAAUCUGCUCUUUACUGAAAUACCGUCUGCUGCAAUGUUAUUCGCAGAAAGUCAAGUAUCGACUCCAGCGGUGUUUGCAAUUUCGGAGACUUCUACGACGCCACUUUCUACGCCGCCCGAUUUCUCCGAUAGCCUAACCACAACUCCAACAGCCAUCGUGAACAACAUCAUCUCUCUCUGGAUGCAGGCCCUUUAUCCUUCGGUUGUGGAGCCUGCUGUUGUGGAGUCCACCCCAUCUUCCGUCGAACUUCCACCAUCCUCCCUGGCUCCGUUAGUCGCUGAAUCAAGUUCAGCUGCACAAUGGACCCCUGAAUUUGCGCCUGUCACGCAAAGUCCAAGUGCUGGAGCAAGUCCCGUUUUAGUGCCGCCCCCUUUGUUUUUGCAUUCAUACCCGACAGUGCCUUUGGGAGGGAUUGAGCCAUCAGCUACGCCGUCUCUUUCAACCCCAGUGCAAGCCGCGACGUCGGCUACAUCAGCCAGCCCCUCCUCGUUUCCAAUAAAAUGGCUUAACACAACGAUUCCGCAACGUCGUUAG